CACUUAAGCAAACCCGCGUUGCAAGCGCGUUGCUUGCGCUCAAGCCAAAGCCUUACAUGCACAUUGGCCGCAGCCGAACCCAUGGGCAAGCUAGCGCGCGGCUUGGUGGAGCAGGCCAAGGCUGCCAAAGACUCAGGCGACAGCCACGGUGCUGCAGAGCUGCUGCAGAAGGCCGCCCGUGGAAAGGGAGCGCAGGCGGAGGUAGCUCGUUAUGAGCUGGCCCUGCUGAACGCCCAGCUGGGCCGACACGAGGAGGCUGACCGUUGGCUGCGCUCGCUGGGCUUCACGUGGAAGCUCAGCCCGCAGCUGUUGGACGGCACCGCCUUGGCCGGUCCUCGUUGCGCAGGCGAGGAGUUCCAAGUGGUGGCCUUCGACCAUGCGCUGCCCGGAGAGCUGCUGGCGACCUUGCAGGACGCCUUCGGCCCGGGCGCCGCGUUUUGGACGGAGCACGGCUACCCGACGGAGAACUUCUUCUCCUACAACCAGCCCCUCGCGGAUGAGGGAGCGCUGCCGGCGGCGGCGCGCUGCCUCGAGGCGCUCGCGCAAGACGCCUUCCGCAGCGCAGGUGAGCUCACCUCAGUGGAGUGGUGGGCCCAUCUGCGGCCCGCGGGGAGCGGCAGCGGCCACCAGCUGCACUUCGACCUCGACGAGGUGGCCUUGGCCCAGGCCUGCCAGCCGAGACAUCCGCUGAUCUCCUGCGUCCUCUACCUCAGCGCGAAUGGAGCGACCAGGAGCGCGACCAUGGUCACGGAUCAGAGCCUGGAGCCCAACAGCCGCGCGCAGCGGGCCUGGCUCUGUGAGCCGCGCGUAAACCGAGCGCUGCUGUUCAACGGCGCCCUGCUGCACGGGGUGUUGCCCAUCCUUGGAGCCGCUGAGGCGGAGCCGCGGAUCACACUGAUGCUGGGCCUUUGGGCGUCGAAUCCCUGCUGCUCUCCUGCGCCAGCGCUUGAAGAAAAGUUUGGGCCCAACAUGCGUGUGCCCGAUGCCGGCGCCGGGUUUACCUGGCCGGCAAAGCUGUCCGACGCAUCCAAUGGCCCAAAGCGCCAGCGCCCAGCUCAGGCGGAGCGCGCGGAGCUGUCGGGGCCCAUCAGCCCCGUCUGGUGCCCCGUGCCCUCGGAGCCGUCUCAGUUGGAGACUUCGACGGCGAGCUCGGUGGAUUUCCUCGGGAAAUGGUUCCUGCGCCACGCGCCGGAGAAGCUGCAGCAAUUCGAUGAGGUGGAGGAGGUCUCGAUGGACGAGCUGCAGCGAUUGCGGGCUGAAGCGGACAAAAAGCUGAGCUCGCAGCUGGCGCAGAACUCCUUGGGUUGGCCGCCCGUGGAUCCGGUCAGCAAGGCGCCCACAGGGCUGCGGAGCUUCGUGGUACACGAAGAUCCCCGCAUGGUGGCGGUGCCCCAGUUCCUGAGCAAAGAGGAGUGCGAUCACCUGUGCGAGCUCGCCCAGGGCAGCUGGAUCCGAUCCCUGGUGGGGAAGUUUGCGGACCCCGCAGCUGGACAGACGGACAAAGUCGCCACUGCUGAAGCGCGGACGCGCACCUCCAGCUCAUGCCCCUUGCGCCCUGCGCAGACGGUGCUGGUGCAGCGCAUCGAGCAACGCCUGGCGCAGCUUGCGAAGCUGCCGUUGGAGAACUUGGAGCGCCUGGUGGUGGUGCGCUAUGAGCCGGGCCAGGAAUUUUCGCUCCACCACGACGGGAAGUUUCGGCCUACCACCGUCUUCAUUUACCUCAACGAGCUUCCGGACAAUGCUGGAGGCGACACCUUCUUCCCGCACCUUGGCUUCAGCUUUGUUCCCAGAACAGGAUGUGCCGUGAUGUGGCCCAAUGCCCAGGAAGACGGCUCUGAGGAUAGCCGCAUGGUGCACGCUGGCCGGCCUCCGGCCACUGGCGUAAAGUUCGGAGUGAACUGCUUCUUCAACGUGGACGUCAAACGAGUCGUUUCUUCGCCAAGCAUGACGGUGGCUGCAGAGGAGUGCCCUGCCAUCGACAUCGCCAGCCUGGAAGGCGAUAGAGGCACCUCUGAGAGGAGCCGAACCUUCUCGUUGGGCACCGAGCCGGCCUUGCGGGUGGUCCCCAGCUUCCUGACGCCGGAGGAGGCGGAGGACUUCGAAGCAAAGGGACGCCCGGCGAGCUCGAGCUUCCAAGGCUCCACGGUCACUUUGAGGACCUUCGGUUUCCAAGAGACCCCGUUGGUGGCCCAAGUGGAGGAGCGGCUGACAGAGUGGAAUGAGUUCGCCGCAGCCAACCUUGGGAGUUUGCGCCUGGUCCGCGGCAACACCGGGUUGGGGAUGGGCAACCGGGGCUGUGGGCAGAGGUCUGCCAGCAUUUGCCUCUCCGAGAAGGCCGAAGCUCAUUUCCCGCACCUCGGCGUGCGGGUGGUGAUGCAAAGGGGCGACCUCUUGGAAUGGCCCAAUGCCUGGUUUCAGUCCGAGACAGCGAAGGAGAAGAUCACGGUCGAGGAUUUGCGGACCUCGCACGUGCAUUUAAUUGACGCAGUUCUGCUGGAUGCAAGUUUCCACGACAAGUCUGUGCGGCCCGACAAGGCCUAGGCC